GGUAAUUCACCUUGCUUAGCAACUGCACAGAAGAGCAAUUGCCAGCAUGCUGGGAAAGUCCCUGGAAGCCUAAUUUAGGGUUUCCUUUAUUAGCAUGACCUUUUUGCUGCGUGCAGGGUAAUUAGUUGCUCAGCUCCUGGUAGCUCCACCUGCCCGAGCAUGAUGCCUUGCAGGUAUUUGCACCUUCCUGACAACGAACCUGAGGCUUUUUGCUAGGAAAACCAAGGCUGCACCAGGAAGACAGGAGGCAGCGCGGGGGCACGAUUCAGAGCACGUUCCCAAAGCCUGCCUUGCUGCCGUCCCAGGGUGCGGGCUGGGAUUAUGGCUGGCUCCCGAAAUGGCUCACUUCGGGGUUUGCAGUGCACUUUCCACAGUUUCCUAGCUUUGUUACGGAGCAUGGAUCUUCAGGGAGCUGCUCCGUGCUGGGGUCCCUUGUCCCUUGCUGGCAGCACAGACUCCCCCAAGUCCCUAAACGGGCACAGCGGCUCUUCAAGGAGCAGAAGUGAAGCGAUGGUGCUUGUGAAAUCAGGAGCAAAGCUCUGCUCGGUGUCAUCGGGGCUGAGGCUUCCAGUGCCAUGUGCUGCUUUUAGUGUGAGUAGGGGAGAUUAAACCUGGCUCUGCUGAGCAAGGUGAUGCAGAUAGCCUCAGGAGAGCGCUUUGGGCUGGGGAAUAUGCUGAGUGCCUCUGAGUUGUUUCUGCCUGUGCAGAAUUGAGCUGUGCAUCCUCCUGGCUUCGCGGUGCUUUGGAAAUGUCAGAACUGCUGUGAAGUAAAUGAGCAAACUUGGGAUGGACACGUUUCCAGUUGCAUCGGCUUUCUUUUUGUCAAUCUUGCGGUAGAUUGAAACUUUUUAAAGAUAGAAUAGCAAGGGCUGUCCCUUGGGCUUCUUGCAUGCUCUAGAUGAUAGCUGUAAUUUUACAGCAGUAACGAACAGCAAUUAUAGGUUGACUUGCAUCUACCUUUUAAAAUACAUUGUUUACUGUAACUGUCAAGAUUUAAAGUUAACCCUGCCAUUUUUAUAAUCCUUAACCCUUACUUUGGAUGGUAACGAAGUAAUAAUGUGCAGAAAUAAAACACUGUUUAUUUAGCAUUUGCACUUUAUUCGGUAUCUUUACUGUGUAAUAAUGGGGCAAAGAAACCUCAGCCUUGGCACUCUGGAAAUUAGCAGUAACCAGACUGUGCGGGGAGCUGAUCACAGCCGCAUAUGAGCUUGGAGUCGCCCACCCUCCCGGCUACCCUUUGUUCACGCUGCUGGCCAAACUGGCUUUCUGGCUCAUAUGCUGGAGGAAUCCUUGCUGCGGGGGUGUUUUCAUUUUCUCGUCUAACAUGGCAGUGGUCCAUCGCAGCAGAGGUUUUUAGCUUAAACAAUCUGUUUGUGGGGCUGCUUAUGGCUCUCACCGCGCAUUUUGAGGAGGCAUCCACUGCGAAAGAGAGAUCAAAGAUCUCCAAAUUCGGUGCCUUUUGCUGUGGGCUAAGUUUGUGCAAUCAGCAUACGAUAGUGCUUUAUAUUGUUUGUAUUGUGCCUUGGGUUCUCUUCCGGCUUUUCAGAAAAAUGGAAUUGUCCCUAGGCCAUUUGCUGAAGUUGGGUUUAUGCUUCUUGGCUGGUUUGCUGCCUUAUCUCUAUCUGCCGGUUUCAUCCUACCUCAGUCGAGCCCGUUGGACUUGGGGAGACCAGACGACUUUGCAAGGAUUUUUGACCCACUUUCUCAGGGAAGAAUAUGGGACGUUCAGUCUGGCCAAAGCAGAGACGGGAUCCAGUAUGAGAGAAAUACUGCUUUUUCAGCUGACACAGAUGAAGUCUGAGCUCUCCCUUGCUGUCCUCACCCUGGCGCUCGUGGCCUGUUUAAGUGCAGCCCUGCCGACGAAGCAGCAGAAAUUGCCCGUGAUUUGGCUCUUCAUUGGAAUGCUCUGUGUUUAUUCACUGUUCUUUGCUUGGAGGGCAAAUCUGGAUAUUACCAAACCUCUGUUUCUGGGUGUGGUGGAACGAUUUUGGAUGCAGAGCAACGCAGCAGUCGCUGUGCUAGCGGGUCUGGGACUGGCCUGGCUUAUCUCUGUUGGAAAUGCUGUGCUGAAGAACAGCCGGGCGCUGCAGUGUCUGGAGUGGCUUUCUGCUAUCGUUCUUGUUACUUGUCAAGUUUGUGCCAAUUACAGUGCUUGUGAUCAAAGCGGCAAUUACGUUAUUGAUAACUUUGCAAGAAAUCUGCUGUCCUCGAUGCCGAUGGGUGCGGUGAUCUUGCUAAGAGGAGACUUACCUGGAAAUGCUCUUCGUUACAUUCAUUACUGUGAAGGGAUGAGGCCAGAUAUCACAUUAGUGGACCAGGAGAUGAUGACUUAUGAGUGGUAUUUACCAAAGCUGGCAAAGCAUUUACCUGGCAUUUAUUUUCCUGGGAACCGGUGGAAUCCUGUGGAAGGAGUAUUACCCGAUGGAACACUUGCUUUUAAUCUCCAUCGUUUCCUCAAAGUAAAUAAACAGAAGGAAGUGUUUGUCUGCAUAGGUCUUCAUGAAGGGGACUCAACCUGGAGAAAGAGCUAUUUGCUUUGGCCAUGGGGUACUUGUGAAAAGUUGGUUCCUUCUGAAAUUGUUUUUGACCCAGGAGAGUGGAUUCGUCUUACAAGAAAUCUCUAUAACUGGACUGAAGACUAUGGAAGAUUCAAGCCUUCUUCCUGGGAAGCUGUCGCGAAUGAGGAGAUGUGGCAAGCCAGGAUGAAAACAGCUUUCUUUAUAUUUGACCUUGCAGAAACUGCCAAUGUGACUGCAGAAAUGAAAUCACAACUUUACACAUUUGCAUACACUUCAUACAAAGAAAUUAUCAGCUCUCAUCCAAAACAUCCAGUGAACUGGCACAAAAACUAUGCAAUAGCUUGCGAAAGGAUGUUGCGUCUCCACCAGGUGGAUAUGGAUCCAGAAGCAUUGCUCUCUGAAACUGUUAAACAUUUCCUUCUGUACACUGAGAAAGCAGAGGAUGAUCCCCAGCAGCAGGAUAUUCUGCAGGCUGUAGAACACCUGAAGAAAGAACUGCAGGUGCUGAGGAAAAUGAAAAAAAAGAUCUGAAGCAGCAAGCUGUAGAGAGCCUGUUUGACAUGCUUUCUGAAGCAUCAAGAUUUUGAAAUUGGGAGAUAAAAUUGAAUUAGUCAUUAACAAUAUGAGAAUGACUUUAAAAGGCAGCAGAAAUAACAGCAAAGAAGAAAUCAAGUGCGAUCAUCUUCCUAAAAACAUACUGUUGUUCUUUGACUGUCAUUGCAAAAUGAACAUUUUAUAUUGUUUUGUAUGGGGAAAGUGCUUCACAAAAUAAACUACCGGGUUUAAAAAAGGAAAGUUUUCCUUUUAAAAAAGCUGCUGAGUCUGUAACACUGUGAAGAUUUGAAUUUUGUUUACAAACACAGCUUCCUUCAUAGAUGUGAAAAAUGCAUUUACCCUUUAAAUGUUUCUUUUGUUACUGAGUAGCAAGAUCUUCUGCAGAUGUUUUCUUCAGGUGGUACUCUACCUGUGUGUUUUUCUGGUCAUGUGGUGUGUGGUUAGGUAGGUUUGCAUCAGGUCAAGUGUGGCAUGGUGCUCUACUGAGUGCGCAGUGUCACCUGGCUGCGCCUGUCCAGGGGACCGCUGCAGGCACAACCUGCCUGGGGAUGGAUGGAGUGACAAUGGCAUGAGAUCGUAGGGUAGAUGCAAACCCAGCCCUUCCAGUCUUGUUUGCUUUGUGGAGAAGGUUGUUUUCAUUAUGUUGCUGCAAAGAAGUUUAUCCCAGCAUAGAAUACCAGUUUUCCUAUAGCAGAAAAGCAGCUGUCAUUUUUCUUUGCAGACCACUGUGAUGCCAUGGGCAGUAGUACGGCAUCUCCUGGGCUGUAUCAGUCUGGCGGAGAGGCUGCGGUGCUGAGGUCCUGCGCUGGGGAAAGGAGAACAGCUUGGUCAGCGGAUUGCUUCCGUGUGGUUCACAGUGCCAAUGCUGUGGCCUCUUAGUAUGCAAGCCAGUAAUGCUCUUCUCCUUUGCCAUGUCCAGUAGCGGAGAGGUCAGAACUUCAAUUCUAGAACUUCUAGAACUUGUAGGGGGCUUAAAAAAAAAAAAAAAAAAAAAAAAAAAAAAAAAAAAAAAAAAAAAGGCAUGUAUCCAUCCUGCUUUUCCAGCCAUCCUGAAGACUCAGUUCCCAUGAACUUAAUUGUGCAAGAUUUGGCCCAUUCCAUUUUCAGGUGAUCUGAAAUAACAUGUCUGUCUUUCAAGAUGUUUUGUUGAUUGACAUGACAUUCAAAGGCUUAGAACAGAUAUUAAACUCUUCUUUCGUAGUAUUAAUGGCAAUGUGUGAUUGUCAGAU